GCAAGCCACCCGGUGUGGUGCGGAACAUGUUUGUGGAAAGUGUGCGGGCAGAGUAUAUGUCGAAGUGUGUUCAAAAAACUGAAUGGGACAGGGAUAUGGAAAUCGAGGAAUUCACUAAGGUAAGCAAGAACAACAUGUGUAAGAUACGUGUAUGCGAAGUUGACCUAUCAGACUCACCCUUCGUGUCCUUGACCCGUAGUAUACUGUACUAUACUGUAGAGUGCACAUAA